GUUGGUGGAAAAAUUUGACGUCUUGUGUUAUUGCGAACCUUUCUUACUCGAUUUAUAGUGAAAAAACUGUUAAUUUGUACAUGACUGUGAGUGAAAAGAAAUAAGUCAAUACGUGUUGUUGCAUUACAUAAGGUAAUCAACAUGCUGUUUUAAUUUCAUGGAUAUGAAAACUAUUCCCAAAGCAAUCAAAAAGCCAAAAAAGCCUGGCUCCAAAGAAAACAAAUCAAAUUCCGAAUUAAAAGCAAUUUACAAGAAAUUAUUAAAAGAAGGUGAAGAUUUUGAUAGACAGAUAGAAGAAUACGAGAAAAAAGGCAUAACGUCGGAUUUGAAACCUCAAAUGAAUGCGUUGCACGAUUACAAUGAAAUGAAGGAUGUUGCCCAGGUUGUUUUAGGGUUUUUGGCAGAUGCAGAACACGUUGGUAUAACCGAACUGCACGCUCGAUAUAAUCUACCAACGGAUUAAGUCGAGACAAUUUGUAAGUAAAGUCUCGGUGUGAAGAGGAUGUCCGAUACCUCUGAGGACACAAUAUCAGACAGAUCGAACGAUAUUAACAAAGAGGACAGCGUCUGCCGUGACUACGUGCGCGGCAUUUGCGAUCGAAAUUUUUGCAAGUACAAACACGAAAAUGAAUCCAAGAUGUUGAACUUCUGUCAUGACUUUCAGAACAGCGUCUGCCCCCGGCCCCAUUGCAAAUUUAUACAUUGCACUCCCGAGGAAGUGGAGGAGUACAAGCGAACGGGCGAAAUGUCGAAUCAGAUUCUCGCGGAAGCGACAAGAAAAAACCAGUUGCCAGGCACGCCGCCUGUGUGCAAUCAAUUCAAAAAAGGCCAAUGCAGAAGGAAUUUCUGCAAAUUUCGACACAUUACCAAGGAGCAAGAAGAUACGGAAAUUAUGGAAUUAAUACAAAACAACAUACAAAGAAAAUCUCAAGUUGUUACCGUGAAUGGCUUGAGCGAAUCUCAAUUGAAUGUUAUCAAUAUAACAAGUGGUUUGCAAAGAAGAAACGGUGUAUCAUAUGAAGAAUACCAAGAUGUAGGUUUAUCAUUGCCAAAGAGACGUUUUUUAUCGCCACACGAUGACUUAGAAAUAAAUGCUAGCGAUCAAACCCGACUUAGAUCUAUUGGAUUUAAAGGGUACUUUGCUGGAACUCCCCCUCCCCCAAUGCUUAGCAGAGCUGACGCACGGACCAUAAUGCUGGAAGAAGAAAACAGCAUGCUUCACAAAGAAAUAGCCCAAUUAAAACAAAAAGUGUCUGACCUGACGGCGACCAAUGAAUUUUUGUUGGAUCAAAACGCGAAUUUCCGCGUUUCGAGCAAACGAAAUCAAGCUGUCAACGUGCCCGCGGUGACUAUCGCGCAACAACAGCAACAAGUCAUCCGAACGGUGACGGCCAGCGUGGCAACGGUGCCUGUUUCUUUGGCAACCGUCACUUCCUGCAAUCCCGUUUCCGGAAAUCCCGUUUCCAUUGCCGGAUGUCCCGCUGUCAGCAUAGCCUCCCCUGCUCAGCUUUUAGCUCCUAGUCAACAAAUACUUGUUACCACAAAUCCCACUACCCAACUGGCGCUUGCGAACAGUUCUCAGGCUCAAUUGGCCAUCGCCCAGCAAAACCUUGCGAACAACUUGGCGCAACAGGCCCAGCCGCAGUUAACCUCUCAAGCCCAACAGUUGGCUUUGGCCACAACCACGCAGCAGCUCACGUCGCAGGCGCAACACAUAGCCAAUCAACAGUUGGCAUUGGCCACGACGCCCCAACAACUGUCGACGCAACCGCAACAGCUCACCUUGCAGAGCAACCCGCAAACGCUGAAUCAGCAGUUGACGUCGCAAGCGCAGCAGCUGGCCAAUCAGCAGCUGACCUCGCAGGCGCAGCAAUUGGCGCUGGCGAAUUCCACGCAGCAACUGACAUCGCAAGCGCAGCAACUCGCGAUGGGCAACACGCAGGCGCAAGCGCUUGCGGUCGCGAGCGUGCCGCAACAGAUCGCGCUCGCCGCCAGCACGAAUCAGCAGCUGAUCGCGCAGCAAAAUCAGCAGCUGGAGUUGCAUCGGACGAACCCGUUGAACGCCAUUAAUACCUCGCAGGCUAUCGCCAUGUCGAAUGCUUCGCAACCGAUGGUCUCGUAUCCGAUCAUGACGCAAAGUAUGAAUCACGCUUUAACCCACUGAAUUUAUCUUAACUCUUGUUAAGUAACAUCAAAUAUCGU